GGGAAAGCGAGCGAGAGAGAGGGAGAGGGCAAAAAAGCUCCAUUGCUACCGCCACCACCAGAUAUCUCUCCGAUGGCGUCUCCUCCCCUACGUCGGAAUUCCCUCCUCCCCCUCCUCCUCCUCCUCGAUCUUCGUUAAUCCCUUCCUAAAACCUCUCUGAUCUCCACACGGGAUCAUUUUCUUUGCAUAUCUCGUCCCAAUUCCCAGAUCUACUGGGGUUUCGAUCCAGAAAGAUCAUAUCUUUGCUGCCCGGGCAUUAGAACAUUGCUCCUCCUCUUAGAUCCGAUCCCCUUUCGGAACCCUCUGGCAUUGAUGCUCUCCUAGCGGCCCAUAAUCCUAAAGAUCCGGUCUUUUUUGCCCAGAUGGGUCACCAUCGACUCCAGAAUUCGGCCAUCGACCGCAACCAGGAGGAAUCCAUAGACGCCGUCGUGGAUCCCGGAGGCCACAGGAACGCCGCCGCCGCCGCUGUGGAUCUUGCCUGCGUGAUAUGCUCUGAGGUGAGCGCCGUGCUCGCCGUGAUGCGCCGUAACGUCCGGUGGGGUCGCCGGUCUGCCUCCGCCGACGAGGACGACGUCAUUGAGCACCUCCUCAUCCGGUCCCUCAAGUCCCUUCGCCGGCAGGUCUUCUCAUGGGGGGAUGCCCGGCGCCCCUGGAGCUCGAUCGAGCCCUCCGCUUACCUCCGCCCGUUCCUCGAUGUGGUCUGCUCCGACGAGACCAGCGCUCCCAUUACCGGUGUGGCGUUGUCCUCCGUGUACAAGAUCCUCACCCUCGAUGUCCUCGACCCGGGCGCUGGCACUGGGUUGGACACUGCGAUGCAUUUGAUCGUCGAGUCGGUCACGAGUUGCCGGUUCGAGGUGACGGAUCCUGCCUCGGAGGAGGCUGUACUGAUGAAGAUCCUCCAGGUUCUGCUCGCAAUAAUGCGGAGCCGUGCUUCGGCUGUUCUCAGCAACCAGCACGUCUGCACUAUUGUCAAUACAUGCUUCCGUGUCGUCCACCAGGCAGGUACGAAAGGGGAGCUACUUCAGAGGUUCGCACGCCAGACCAUGCACGAACUCAUACGAUGCAUCUUCUCCCACCUGCCUAAUGUAAAGGAUGGUGGCCGACCUCCUUCUGUCAAGCCAGAGCUGGGUGCAGUUGACAAGGAUCAGGCUUUCGGGAUCAAGCAGGUGGAGAAUGGAAAUGGGAGUGUUGGGCCUGGGAUGACCAGUAUGGCAGAUAACAAUAUGCCAAGCCCAGAGGCUCCAAUCGGUGCGGAAAUCAUGGUUGAGCCAUAUGGAAUUCCCUGCAUGUUGGAAAUAUUCCACUUCUUAUGUUCUCUUUUGAAUGUUGCUGACCAGAUUGGGAUAAGUCCUGCUCCUAAUCAGAUAGCUCUUGAUGAGGAUGUGCCACUUUUUGCCCUUGGUAUGAUCAACUCAGUAAUUGAAUUAGGGGGAGCAUCAAUAUGCAGGCACCCAAAGUUACUGUCCUUGAUACAGGAUGAAUUGUUUAGGAAUUUGAUGCAGCUUGGAUUGUCUGUGAGCCCGCUAAUACUAUCGAUGGUCUGUAGCAUAGUUCUGAACCUUUAUCGCCACCUGCGCACGGAACUGAAAUUGCAGCUUGAGGCAUUCUUCUCUUGUGUGAUUUUAAGGGUCACACAGAGCCGGUAUGGGGCUAGCUAUCAUCAGCAAGAGGUAGCCAUGGAGGCUCUUGUAGACUUCUGCCGGCAGACGACCUUUAUGGCAGAGAUGUAUGCCAACUUUGACUGUGAUAUUUCUUGCAGCAAUGUUUUUGAAGAACUAGCCAAUCUUCUAUCAAAAAGUGCAUUUCCUGUUAACUGCCCACUGUCUUCCACACAUGUGCUUGCAUUGGAUGGUUUGAUUGCUGUGAUUCAGGGAAUGGCCGAUAGAAUUGAAAAUGCACCUCCUCCUUCAGAACAAACACCACAGGAACUGGAGGAAUAUACUUCAUUUUGGACAAUGAAGUGUGAAGACUACUCUGAUCCAGAUCAAUGGGUUAAAUUUGUCCAUCGUAUGAAGAACAUCAAGAGAAAACUAAUGAUUGUUGCUGAUCACUUCAACAGAGAUCCCAAGAAGGGGUUGGAGUUUCUGCAAGGAACUCAUCUCUUGCCUGAGAAUCUUGAUCCCAACAGUGUGGCAUGCUUUUUCAGAUACACAACUGGGUUGGAUAAAAACCUUGUUGGGGAUUUCUUGGGCAAUCAUGACGAGUUUUGUGUACAGGUGCUUCAUGAAUUUGCCCGUACUUUUGAUUUUAAGGACAUGAAUAUGGAUACUGCUCUUCGACUUUUCCUAGAUACCUUCCGGCUGCCAGGUGAGUCUCAGAAGAUACAGAGGGUACUUGAGGCUUUCUCAGAGAGAUACUUUGAGCAAUCACCACAGAUUCUUGUGGACAAGGAUGCUGCCCUCAUAUUGGCAUACUCACUUAUAAUGCUGAAUACAGAUCAACACAAUGUGCAAGUCAAGAAGAAGAUGACAGAAGAGGACUUUAUUCGGAAUAACCGUCGCAUUAAUGGUGGGAAUGACCUCCCAAGGGAGUUCCUGUCGGACCUCUAUCACUCGAUAUGCAGGAAUGAGAUUAGGACUGCUCCUGAACAAGGUUUUGGUUUUCUCGAAAUGUACCCCAGCCGUUGGGUUGAUCUUAUGCUGAAGUCAAAAACGGCAUCUCCUUACACGGUUUGUGACUCCCGUCCAUUCCUUGAUCGGGAAAUGUUUUCAGUCAUGUCAGGCCCCAUGAUUGCUGCUAUCUCAGUAGUGUUUGAUUAUGCAGAGCAUGAAGAAAUUUUUUUGACAUGCGUAGAUGGCUUCUUGGCUGUUGCAAAGAUCUCAGCACACCACCACCUAGAAGAAGUGUUGGAUGAUUCAGUUGUGUCCCUAUGCAGAUUUACGACCCUCUUGGACUCAUCUUUCAUCGAGGAACCAGUGACAAUCUUUGUAGAUGACACAAAAGCUAGGUUAGCACUUGAGACAGUUUUUAGCAUCACGAAUACAUAUGGUGACUGCAUACGUACUGGUUGGAGAAAUAUCCUUGAUUGCAUAUUAAGAUUGCACAAGUUAGGUUUGCUUCCUGCUCCUGUUGCUAGUGAUGCUGAUGAUGAUUCAGAGUCAUCCCCAGAUUCAAUCCAUGGAAAGCCUGUUCCUAGCCCACUUUCCACCUCUCAUGUUCAGAUUAUGGGUACUCGUAAAUCCUCUGGACUAAUUGGGAGAUUUAGCCAGCUAUUAUAUUUUGACACUGAAGAACCAAGUUUGGAACCAAAUGAACAGCAACUUGCUGCUCAUCAGAGAACCCUGCAGAUAAUACAGGAGUGCCACAUCGACAGUAUAUUUACAGAGAGCAAGUUCCUACAUGCUGAUUCACUAAUGCAAAUCACCAGGGCACUCAUUGCAGCUGGUCAUCCUCAGAAGAUUACAAGUUCACCUGAUGAUGAAGACAUGGCAGUUUUCUGCUUAGAGCUGCUUAUUGCGAUCACGCUAAACAACCGAGACAGAAUUGGGCUUCUCUGGCAGGAUGUAUAUGAACACAUAGCCAACAUUGUUCAGUCCACUGUAAUGCCUUGUGCUCUUGUGGAAAAGGCCGUCUUUGGACUCUUAAGAAUUUGUCAGAGGUUAUUACCCUACAAGGAAAACUUGGCUGAUGAGCUUCUGAGGUCACUGCAAUUGGUGUUAAAGCUUGAUGCACGUGUUGCAGAUGCAUACUGUGAGAACAUCACUCAAGAAAUCACUCGCCUGGUGAAGGCAAAUGCAACUCAUUUGAAAUCUCAGAUGGGUUGGCGGACCAUUGCUUCCCUGCUCUCGAUCACUGCUCGCCACCCGGAAGCUUCAGAAGUAGGUUUUGAGGCACUGAUAUUCAUUAUGUCUGAAGGGGCUCACAUUUCACCAGCCAACUAUGUUCUUUUGAUUGAAGCCUCACGGCAUUUUGCAGAAUCUCGUGUUGGGCAAACAGAUAGAUCAGUCCGUGCAUUAGAUCUAAUGGCAGAGUCCAUUAAUUGUCUUGCUCGCUGGUCUCGUGAGACUCGAGAUGCUGGUGAGGAAGCUGAGAAAAUUUCUGAGGGAAUCAGAGAGAUGUGGCUACGGCUUGUGCAAGCACUGAGAAAGAUCUCCUUGGAUCAGAGAGAAGUAGUAAGGAAUCAUGCAUUGUUAUCAUUGCAGAAAUGCUUGGUAGCAGCAGAAGGCAUGUGCCUCUUACUUUCAACUUGGCUGCAGGCUUUUGAUCUAGUUAUAUUUACUAUGCUUGAUGAUUUGCUGGAGAUUGUACAGAAUCAUUCGCCAAAAGAUUACCGAAAUAUGGAAGGCACCUUUUUGCAUGCAGUGAAGUUACUAUCAAAGGUGUUUUUGCAGCUACUUCAACAGCUUUCUGGGCAGAGCAGCUUCUGCAAACUCUGGCUGGGGGUCAUUGGUCGGAUGGAGAAGUACAUGAAGAUCAAGGUGAGAGGCAGGAAGAGUGAGAAACUGCAAGAACUGAUUCCUGAGCUUCUCAAGAACAUUCUGUUUGUAAUGAAAUCAAAGGGGAUCCUUGCAAAAGGAAGCAUUGUAGGUGGAGAUAAUUUGUGGGAGUUAACAUGGAUACAUGUAAACAAUAUCGCUCCAUAUUUGCAGUCUGAAGUGUUCCCUAAUCAGGAAAUGGAGCAGUUACAUUUGGGUGCUCAAACUGAUAACAGUAGCCCUAGGCUGUUGGCUGAGCCAUCUGUUGGUUAGUCUGGACUUUUGACGUCGUUUUUGUUUGUUUUCUCUGUAAGAGGUAUAUAAAGUUCCCCACAAGGCUGCAUUUGGUAGAAUGACAAUUCCUGUGCAUUUCACAUAUGUCACGGGGAUCACCUCUUAACCUACUUAAGAGAUGUUCUUUUAGAUCCUUGAUUGCUACAGCUGAGUCUGAUUUUAUUGAACAAACAUAGCCAAGUCUCAACCUAAAAUGGUUCUGCGAAUACCAUGUAACAUCAGGACUUCAUCAGAGAUUUGGAUGAGCAAACAAAAACCAUUGGAUUAGGGGUAAUAUCACACAAAUUUCUUGCCAAUGACCUUGCCAGGUGCAAUACUAAGAUCAAUUCUGCGUAAGUAUUUUUUUUCCUUUUUUUUUGUUUUCUCAAUGUCAAUUUAUUUCUCACAGAAUUGUUCAUCGAGGUUUUCAUUUCCUGCAGUUAUUAUCUCUAGAUACAAAUGGUCGAGUGUACCAAUUUAAGAUGUGGGACCAAUUUUGCCAAUUUUCAGUUUCACAUGCUUCUGAAAUGAAAUUUAUGGUGAAAGCUCUUCCUUGAUCUGAUCCUGUAUACACAGUGAGUUUAUAAAAAAAAUUUAGAAGUAUAAAAAAUCAGGUUUUAUA